GUGCAGUUUGUUUUGAAAUCUCUUCCCCGCAACGAGGAAAUAGCACGUCAGACAAAAGCCGAAAUAACACUACACUGAAACUACAUAUUCAUCAGCACCACCCUUCUUUUCACAGUUCAAACAGUGAAAAAUAACUCUAAAUGCGCAUGUGGGACGAGAUGUCUGAGCGGCGGAAACUGUAGGAUUCUGUUUUAGAUGACUCAACAGCUGUGUGGCGGUGAUCAGUCCUCAUGUGAUCCGCAGUCAUCAUAACGCCGCCGCGACCACUGUCGUCAGGAUGUGGCCGAUAACGCCGCUUUUGCUGGCCCUGGCCCUACAGGCUGUGUGGAGUGAAACGAGUAGUAAUGAUACAAAGGAGGAUUUUCCAUGCAAAGUGGUUGAUGGGGAUCAUGUCUACGAUCUCCGCGAACUUGCAUCGAGAGACUACUGGAAGUUUGAGGAGACCCUGCACACGGGUCUGUUCGAGAGCGGAGUGGUGUACAUGAGCUUCUGCCACCCCCUCAGGAACGUCCCGGUAGUGUGUGAGGGUGAAAAUGUGGGUGUUUGUGAGACUAAGAAGGAUGACACGGGGAGCGAGGUGCCCCUGGGGAGUCGGGGGCAGGUGUCCUCCAGGGGCCCAGUGGUCACGGAGGAGGGCUGGGUGAACUACGUGUUUGAAUCGGGAGCCAAGUGCAACAAGAGCACUCAUGAUGCCACAUACAAAACCUAUGUCCAUCUGUCUUGUGCUAGAGAUACUGCAAGUGAGACUGCAGGGCCCAUUCUGAUGAGCUCUCCGGGAUGUGAGAGGACUUUCGCCUGGAUAACCAAGGCAGCCUGUCCUGUCAAGGCAGAGAUCACCACAGACAGUUGUACAGUGAAGUUCUCAAACUUGGAUUACAAUCUGAAUCUUCAUUCGCUACACGCGGAAAAGUAUUACAAUGUCUCAAGUUCGAAAGCCAAAUAUGAAUUGAAUAUCUGCGGCCCAGUCACUGGAGGUCAUUGUGGGUCAGAGGCAGCCACAAUGUGCGAUGUGACGGAUCCAUCAGCUCCUGUUGUACUUGGUACCUUGGAAGGUAUGGACAUCAAGUGGGAAAAUGAAGCUCUUAUUUUAUCCUACAAGCAUCAGGAAAACAGCGUCAAAGUCAUGUUGUUUUGUAAAAGAACUGCAACAUCUCCAGUUAUCGAUUUUGUGGAGAACAACAACAAGGAAGUAGUACUUUCUGUCAAAACGGCAGCAGUUUGUCCUCCAGAUGAAGCUCCUGAAUGUGUCAUAGAGGAUGACAAAGGCAAUGUUUAUGACCUGAGAUCUCUGAGGAAGGAGCAAGGAAACUGGGAGGUUGUUGAUGAACGAGACGACCAUAAGGUAUGUUAAAUAGAUUGCAGGUCA